AUGGUUGGAUACGCCAUUUACCCAUCGAUGGUUGAUGAAGAGCUCUCUAUGCACGAGGAUGCUGCUCGGCCAGGAAGGAGCUUAUUCUAUGCCCGGGUUCCAUGGUAUCUCCUCCUCUUAGAGCUUUCCAGCGUCGCCAAUCCGCACAUUCUAUUCCAAUAUGGUAUUGACACCAUAGUCGAUGUGCCUACUGUUGGAGAAAAUUUGCAAGUUCAAAUGAAUAAAAUGGCUUAUCCUUCAGCACCGCAAAGCUUCGGUGAUGAGACUGGCAAUGUCGCCGCCCAGCUCAAAACCUCUCUCACAUCCUACGCUGCUCAGGUAGCUAGCGUCAACAAUAAUGUGACAUCCUAGAUGGUCCUUCUAGACUUGUUCAAAGUACAACACGACCUCAAUUUCCGAACCCGAAGUUGCUUUGGCUGAAAUUCUCGUCCACUAGGCUAAUGGUAUCUGGGAUAACGAACACUGGGCUCUUCUGCCCCUCUCCCGCGGUAAUAUACAUAUUAAUACUCUAGCACGGCUGAAACACAACAAUAAACCCUAACUCCUUCAUGCUAGAUUAGGACAUGCAGGAGCAGGUCGACACAGUUUGCUUGAUUCGCAAUUUGUACAGUACAGAUCCAUACGCAGCCCCGGUUGUCUCGGAGACGAAUCCUGGUCUCGAGGCCGUACCAUUGUCGGAUAACGAUGACGCUAGGGUAAAAUAG